AGGAAAGGAUGGGACGCAGAAAUACUAAGGAGCGAUGAAACCUGGUUAUUUUAUAAUUAUUCAUCAAGCGGUUUCUCAUUUCAAAACAGACAUCAGGCUGUCUUCCUUCCACUCCCAUUUAUUGAUGUUAAAGCAUUCAUGGCCCGACCCAUGAGACUGGGCAUAUUUCUGGACUCAACUGCUGGCAUUCUGUGUUUCUAUUGGCUCUCUGAUGACACAAGGACUCUGCUUCACACGUUCCACUCAACUUUUACUGAGCCUGUUUAUCCUGUAUUAAGUAUUCUUGGAGGUUCUCUUACCCUGCCAGCUGUUGAAAAGCUGGAAAUGGAUCAUGUUCCAUUGGGCUUCACGCCUGAGGUCAGCAGAGAGAGAAUCGGUAUCUCUUACAGCUUCCAGUUUCCAGGCUCAGGUCUGUAUCGAUGUUCUCUGACUGGUCUGGUGUUCAGAGUGACCCAUAAAGGGGAAGUGAUGUACAGGACGGAGAUUUGGGACGACAUGCUCCUGCAGCUAUCUAAUAAACAGCCUGGGGGACCUCUGUUCAGCAUCCAGUGCCCUCAGGACUGCAUCAGUGAACUGCAGCUGCCACACUGUGAACCAGAACCAGCUCUGGUGUCUGACUGCCUCUAUGUUGGCCACAUCACUGAUGAUGGGAUGAGCAUCAUUCAGCCGCUGAAGGUCACAGAAACCCACGUGGCUGUAAGAGUCCCUCACCUGUCUGGCUUUGGCAUCAUAUUGGACCGUAUCAAAAAGAUAAAGGCCCACCUGAUGAAGCCGAUUCGGGGCCAAGUUCUGCUGUUCCUGAGACACCUGCAUCGACCUCUCAACAUCCUCAGUGUGAUUCUGCUGCCGAGCAACGUUCCUCUGCAGGAUGUGAAAGAGCAGCACACAGACUCCAAGUUCAUCCAGGCUCCGUCCUUCAGUUUCUUCCACAAGGGCAAAACGUACAGCCUCCAUAGCGACCCAGAUGGCUUUACAAUCCAACCUAAAGACAGGCGACCUCGACUCAGGAAAAGUUUAUCAGCGGAUGAGAAGCUGAGAACCGUCCGGCCAGACUUCAUCUAUCAGGUGUCUAAUCCGGUCCUGAACAAACUGCUGGACGAGCUGCAGCACUGCAGGGUGAUAACAGACGACGAGGCCGAGGACAUCAGAACCAGAACCAGAUCAGAAAAAGCCAGAGAACUCAUCGACAGCGUGAGGAAGAAAGGAGCAGAGGCCAGCUCUAAAAUGAUCUCUGCGUUAUGCUCCAACGAUCAGUAUCUGAGCAAUGAGCUGGGCUUAUUAUGA